GGGGAGGGCGGCGAUUGGCGGAGCCGGGCCGGCGGCGAGCUGGCGCUGGCGAUGGAGGCGGAGGACCCCGGCGCGCGCUGCCCGGGCGAUGGCGAGUGCGCGGGGCCCGGCUCCCCCCGCGGCCCCGCCGUGCCCGGCCACACCCGGCUCCGCGCCUUCCUGUGGUGCCGCGAGUUCCUGGCCGGCGCCUGGAAGCUGCUCGAGCCCGAGGAGCUCGGCAUCAGCCCGUGGGGGGCUCAGUAACCUGCUGUACAAAUGCAGCCUCCCGGACCACAUCCUGAGCGUGGGCGAUGAGCCUCGGCAGGUGCUCCUGCGCGUCUACGGGGCCAUUCUGCAGGGCGUGGACUCGCUGGUUCUGGAGAGCGUGAUGUUUGCCAUCCUGGCAGAGCGGGCGCUGGGGCCGCGGCUCUACGGGGUCUUUCCCCAGGGGCGGCUGGAGCAGUACAUUCCGAGCCGGCGUCUGUGCACAGAGGACCUGCAGGACCCCGACAUCUCCAGGGAGAUAGCGAUGAAGAUGUCCCGCUUCCACGGCAUGGUGAUGCCCUUCAACAAGGAGCCCAAGUGGCUGUUUGGGACCAUGGAACGGACCCUGCGCUCUAGGUACCUGAAGCAGAUUGCCGAGCUCACCUUCCCUCAGGAAGCCCAGCGGAAGUUGUUCAACCAGCUCAAAGCCUAUAACCUGCAGAAGGAAAUGGGGAGCCUCAGGGAGCUGCUGGAGUCCACGCCCUCCCCUGUGGUCUUCUGCCACAAUGAUGUGCAGGAAGGGAACAUCCUGCUGCUGGCUGGGCGCGAGUCACACCCCAGCGACAAGCUGAUGCUGAUUGACUUUGAAUACAGCAGCUACAACUACAGGGGCUUUGACAUUGGCAAUCACUUCUGUGAGUGGGUGUACGACUACACCCACGACACGUGGCCCUUCUACCAGGCCUCCAUGGAGAACUACCCCACGCGUCAGCAGCAGCUGCAUUUCAUCCGGCACUACCUGUGGGAGGACUCGGUGCGGCGCGGGGACACCACGCAAGAGGAGCAGGCCCGCAUCGAGGAGGAGAUGCUCACCGAGAUCAGCCGGUUUGCUCUGGCCUCUCACUUCUUCUGGGGCCUCUGGUCCAUCCUGCAGGCGAAGAUUUCCACCAUUGAGUUCGGCUACCUGGAUUACGCGCGGUGCCGUUUCGAGGCCUACUUCCAGCAGAAGGCGCAGUGCCUGUGACCAGCCCGGCUCUGCCUGCCCCGCGCUCGCCUGCCUCCCGCCUUAGGACCCCGGCCUCGCCGUGCUGCAGACAUGUGGGGCCUGGCUGGAGCAGCAGAGUGGCCCCUCCCCGGCCAAGGGACAGCAGCUGGCAAGGACCCCAAGGGACCAACGCCCCCAGACCAGCCUCCAUUGCCCCCCGGGUGGGGGCGGGGGGGCUGCCCUGGCUGGCCAGUGAGCAGCGGUGGGUUCUGGGGGUCUGGCUCACUCCAGGGCAGGGAUCUCCUUGCAGGGUGUUUGGGGGCAGGGCUGGGCUGUCGGGGCAGGGAAACGGUUAAUGUUCCGGUUUGGGGAGUGAAGGCAUGGGCUGCCCUCCCGCAAUGUGUGUGAGGAUCCCCACCCUCUCCAGGGUGGGUUGUGUGGGGCCGGCUCCCCCUGUACCGCCUCUCCUCACUGCCCGUUGUCGGAUGGUUCUGUGUGGCCAUGGGGGUCCCGCUGAGCAGGGCGGCUGCAGCCUCGGUCCCCUCCCUGGGGCAGGAGGGGCUCAGCUCCCCGGGUUCCCUUCGAGUGCACUGGGGGCUGUGCUGGGCAUGUACAGGGGUCUCCGCUCUGGGAGAUGGGGCCUGGGAGCUGAAUGUGCUACACGGGCAUUUGCCUCUGCCCCACGGUUCUGUCCUUGCGUCUCUGCCUCCCCUGGCCUGGGGCGCUACCCAGCUCUGCCCCCCCACCCUUCUGCCCCAGUGCCCUUCCUGCACCCCACACACCCGCUUCCUGCAGGUGUGGGGGGCCUGGGGCUCCGGCCUGCUGAUGUAACCUGGGCUCUGCGAGCGUGGGCUGCAUGGGGGAGACCUGGAUGCUCUGCCCCUGCCCCCGGCAGAGCCCCUCCUGCUGGCCCCUUUUCUGGAGAAGCAGGGGGAGUUUGUAGGUGUGUGGCCAGCCCGGGAUGCUGCCCCCGCAGGCAGUGCUGGCCUGGCUCCAGCGCCGCUCACGGGAUGAAGGUGGCAGCUGCUGGCAAUGGGGUGUGGGCUCUAGCAGGGUCCCCUGCUCCGGCUGGGGGAGUUGGUGGGGGCCACCUCUUGCAGCCCUGCCCCAGAGCGCCUCCCUGCCUGGGCCCUGUGACCGGGGCUCUGCACUCGCUUUCUCUGCCAGUCCCCAGCAUCUGCUGCUGCUGCCCCCUUGGAGCCGAGCCCGAGCCCCCGGGCGGGGCCCUCCACUGCCUAGCAAGAGACUGUGAACUCUGCACUCAGACCAAUAAAUGCCUGGCACUGUC